GCCACAGCUCUUCCUCCCGCGCCUGGUCCCUGCCCGUCGUCGUCCCCGCGCCCGACCUCCGCCCGCCGCGCCGCGCUCGCAGCGGCCGGGACGGCCCUAGUGGCGAGGAGCGUCCCCGCGACCCUUCUGCGCCCCCCCCCCCCAGUUCCCGGCUUGGGGCCUCUCUUUUGAACCCCUCCACCUUCUCCGAGCCGGCCCGCCCUCGCUUAUGCCUCGGCGCUGAGCGGCUCUCUGAGUGCUCGCCAACAUGAGCUGCAACGGAGGCUCCCACCCGCGGAUCAACACGUUGGGUCGCAUGACCCGCGCCGAGUCCGGCCCGGACCUGCGCUACGAGGUGACCUGCGGUGGCGGCGGGGGUGGCGGCGGCGGCGGCGGCGGGGGCACCAGCAGGAUGUACUACUCCCGGCGCUGCACGGUCACCGACCAGAACUCGGACGGCUACUGUCAAACCGGGACGAUGUCCAGGCACCAGAACCAGAACACCAUCCAAGAGCUUCUGCAGAACUGCUCGGAUUGUUUGAUGCGGGCCGAGCUGAUUGUACAGCCGGAACUGAAAUAUGGAGAUGGGAUACAGCUGGCUCGGAGCAGAGAAUUGGAUGAAUGUUUUGCCCAGGCCAACGAUCAGAUGGAAAUUACCGAUAGCUUGAUCAGAGAGAUGCGACAGAUGGGCCAACCCUGUGAUGCCUAUCAGAAAAGACUGCUUCAGCUCCAGGAGCAAAUGCGAGCCCUUUAUAAAGCCAUUAGCGUCCCUCGAGUCCGAAGGGCCAGCUCCAAAGGUGGUGGAGGGUACACCUGUCAGAGUGGCUCCGGGUGGGAUGAAUUCACCAAACGCCUCACCAGCGAAUGUCUGGGGUGGAUGAGGCAGCAGAGGGCGGAGAUGGAUAUGGUGGCCUGGGGCGUGGACCUGGCCUCCGUGGAGCAGCACAUCAACAGCCACAGGAGCAUCCACAACGCCAUUGGGGACUAUCGCUGGCAGCUGGACAAAAUUAAGGCUGACCUGCGGGAGAAAUCUGCGAUCUACCAGUUGGAGGAGGAGUAUGAAAACCUGCUGAAAGCGUCCUUUGAGAGGAUGGAUCACCUGCGACAGCUGCAGAACAUCAUCCAGGCCACGUCCCGAGAGAUCAUGUGGAUCAAUGACUGUGAGGAGGAGGAACUGCUCUAUGACUGGAGCGACCGGAACACCAACAUCGCCCAGAAGCAGGAGGCCUUCUCUAUACGCAUGAGCCAACUGGAAGUUAAGGAAAAAGAGCUCAAUAAGCUUAAACAAGAAAGUGACCAACUUGUCCUCAAUCAGCAUCCAGCUUCAGACAAAAUUGAGGCAUAUAUGGAUACUCUUCAGACACAGUGGAGCUGGAUUCUCCAGAUCACUAAGUGCAUUGAUGUUCAUCUCAAAGAAAAUGCUGCCUACUUCCAGUUUUUUGAAGAAGCCCAGUCAACUGAAGCCUACUUGAAGGGCCUUCAGGACUCCAUCAGGAAGAAGUACCCCUGUGACAAGAACAUGCCCCUGCAGCGCCUGCUGGAACAGAUCAAGGAGCUGGAGAAAGAACGAGAGAAAAUCCUGGAAUACAAGCGUCAGGUCCAGAACUUGGUAAACAAGUCCAAGAAAAUUGUGCAGCUGAAACCACGCAACCCAGACUACAGAAGCAACAAACCCAUUAUUCUCAGGGCUCUCUGUGACUACAAACAAGACCAGAAAAUCGUGCACAAAGGGGACGAGUGUAUCCUGAAGGACAAUAAUGAGCGCAGCAAGUGGUAUGUGACGGGUCCGGGAGGCGUGGACAUGCUCGUCCCUUCUGUUGGUCUGAUUAUACCCCCUCCGAAUCCUCUGGCUGUGGACCUUUCUUGCAAGAUCGAACAAUACUACGAAGCCAUCUUGGCUCUGUGGAACCAGCUGUACAUCAACAUGAAGAGCCUGGUGUCCUGGCACUACUGCAUGAUCGACAUCGAGAAAAUCAGGGCCAUGACUAUUGCCAAGCUGAAAACCAUGCGGCAGGAAGAUUACAUGAAGACAAUAUCUGACCUUGAGCUGCAUUACCAAGAGUUCAUCAGAAACAGCCAGGGCUCGGAGAUGUUUGGAGAUGAUGACAAGCGGAAAAUGCAGUCCCAGUUCACAGAUGCCCAGAAGCACUACCAGACCCUGGUCAUACAGCUCCCCGGCUACCCCCAGCACCAGACAGUAACCACAACUGAAAUCACUCAUCAUGGUUCCUGCCAAGAUGUCAACCAUAAUAAAGUGAUUGAAACCAACAGAGAACAUGACAAGCAGGAAACAUGGAUGCUGAUGGAGCUCCAGAAAAUUCGCAGGCAGAUGGAGCACUGUGAGGGCAGAAUGAGCCUUAAGAACAUCCUGCUAGCAGACCAAGGGUCUACGCACCACAUCACAGUGAAAAUAAAUGAGCUGAAGAGUGUGCAGAAUGAUUCCCAGGCAAUCGCUGAAGUUCUCAACCAGCUUAAAGAUAUGCUCGCUAACUUCAGAGGUUCAGAAAAAUACUGCUAUUUACAGAAUGAAGUAUUUGGACUGUUUCAGAAACUGGAAAAUAUCAAUGGCGUUACAGAUGGCUACUUAAAUAGCUUAUGCACAGUAAGAGCUCUACUCCAAGCUAUCCUGCAGACAGAAGACAUGUUAAAGGUUUACGAAGCCAGACUCACUGAAGAGGAAACCGUGUGCCUGGAUCUGGAUAAAGUGGAAGCUUACCGCUGCGGACUGAAGAAAAUCAAAAAUGACUUGAACUUGAAGAAGUCAUUGUUGGCCACCAUGAAGACAGAGCUGCAGAAAGCCCAGCAGAUCCACUCCCAAACCUCACAACAAUAUCCACUUUAUGACCUGGAUCUGGGCAAGUUCAGUGACAAAGUCACACAGCUGACAGACCGCUGGCAAAAAAUAGACAAACAGAUAGACUACAGAUUAUGGGACCUGGAGAAACAAAUCAAGCAACUGAGGAAUUACCGUGAUAACUAUCAGGCCUUCUGCAAGUGGCUCUAUGAUGCCAAACGCCGUCAGGAUUCCUUAGAAUCCAUGAAGUUUGGUGAUUCCAACACAGUCCUGCGAUUUUUGAAUGAGCAGAAGAACUUACACAAUGAAAUCUGUGGCAAGCGAGACAAAUCAGAUGAAGUACAGAAAAUCGCCGAACUUUGUGCAAAUUCGAUUAAGGAUUAUGAACUCCAGCUGGCAUCAUACACCUCAGGAUUGGAAACCUUACUGAACAUACCUAUCAAGAGAACCAUGGUUCAGUCUCCCUCUGGGGUGAUUCUGCAAGAGGCCGCAGAUAUGCAUGCUCGAUACAUAGAACUACUUACAAGGUCUGGAGACUAUUAUAGGUUCUUAAGUGAGAUGCUGAAGAGUUUGGAAGAUCUGAAGCUGAAAAACACCAAGAUUGAAGUUUUGGAAGAGGAGCUCAGACUGGCCCGAGAUGCCAACUCUGAAAACUGCAAUAAGAACAAAUUCCUGGACCAGAACCUGCAGAAGUACCAGGCGGAAUGUUCCCAGUUCAAAGCCAAGCUUGUGAGCCUGGAGGAGCUGAAGAGGCAGGCAGAGCUGGACGGCAAGUCGGCCAAGCAAAACCUGGACAAGUGCUACGGCCAAAUAAAAGAACUCAACGAGAAGAUCACCAGGCUGACUUACGAGAUCGAGGACGAGAAGCGAAGACGGAAGGCCGUGGAAGACAGGUUUGACCAACAGAAGAAUGACUAUGACCAGCUGCAGAAGGCAAGGCAGUGUGAAAAGGAGAGCCUUGGCUGGCAGAAAAUGGAGUCUGAGAAAGCCAUCAAAGAGAAGGAGUACGAGAUAGAAAGGUUGAGGGUUCUGCUGCAGGAGGAGGGCGCCCGGAAGAGAGAAUAUGAAAGUGAGCUGGCAAAGGUAAGAAACCACUAUAAUGAGGAGAUGAGUAAUUUAAGGAACAAGUAUGAAACAGAGAUUAACAUCACGAAGACCACCAUCAAGGAGAUAUCCAUGCAAAAAGAGGACGAUUCCAAAAAUCUCCGAAACCAGCUUGAUAGGCUCUCGAGGGAAAAUCGAGAUCUGAAGGACGAGAUCGUCAGGCUCAAUGACAGCAUUCUGCAGACCACCGAGCAGCGAAGGCGGGCCGAAGAAGAUGCCCUGCAGCAAAAAGCCUGUGGCUCCGAGAUGAUGCAGAAGAAGCAGCAUCUGGAGAUGGAGCUUAAGCAGGUCAUCCAGCAGCGCUCCGAGGACAAUGCUCGGCACAAACAGUCCCUGGAAGAGGCUGCAAAGACCAUUCAGGACAAAAACAAGGAGAUUGAGAGACUCAAAGUUGAGUUUCAGGAGGAGGCCAAGCGCCGCUGGGAAUAUGAAAAUGAACUGGCUAAGGUAAGGAACAAUUACGACGAGGAAAUCAUCAGCUUAAAAAACCAGUUCGAGACUGAGAUCAACAUCACCAAGACCACCAUCCACCAGCUCACCAUGCAGAAGGAAGAGGACACCAGUGGCUACCGAGCCCAGAUCGACAGCCUCACCAGAGAAAACCGCAGCCUAUCCGAGGAAGUAAAGCGACUGAAGAACACGUUAGCCCAGACCACCGAGAACCUCAGGAGGGUCGAAGAAGACGUCCAACAGCAAAAGGCCACGGGCUCGGAGGUGUCGCAGAGGAAACAGCAGCUGGAGAUUGAGCUGAGGCAGGUCACUCAGAUGCGGACGGAAGAGAGCCUGAGAUACAAGCAGUCGCUCGAUGAUGCCGCCAAGACCAUCCAGGAUAAAAACAAGGAGAUAGAGAGGUUAAAACAACUGAUAGAAACGGAAACCAGUGAACGGAAACGCCUGGAAGAGGAGAACGCUAAAUUACAGAGGGCCCAGUAUGAUCUGCAGAAAGCAAAUAAUAGCGCGACAGAGACGAUAAGCAAGCUGAAGGUUCAGGAGCAAGAGCUCACGCGCCUGAGGAUCGACUACGAGCGGGUGUCCCAGGAGAGGGCUGUGAAGGACCAGGACAUCACGAGAUUCCAGAGUUCUCUGAAGGACCUGCAGCUGCAGAAGCAGAAGGUGGAGGAGGAGCUGAAUCGGCUGAGGAGGACCGCCUCGGAAGACUCCUUGAAGAGGAAGAAGCUGGAGGAGGAGCUGGAAGGCAUGAGGAGGUCUCUGAAGGAGCAGGCGAUAAAAAUCACCAGCCUGACCCAGCAGCUGGAGCAAGCAUCCAUCGUUAAGAAACGGAGCGAGGACGACCUCCGGCAGCAGAGGGACGUGUUGGACGGCCACCUGAGGGACAAGCAGAGGACCCAGGAAGAGCUGAGAAGGCUCUCCGCGGAGGUCGAGGCCCUGAGACGCCAGUUGCUGCAGGAACAAGAGAAUGUCAAACAGGCUCACCUGAGGAACGAGCAUUUCCAGAAGGCGAUAGAGGAUAAAAGCAGGAGCUUAAAUGAAAGCAAGAUAGAAAUCGAGAGGCUGCAGUCUCUCACGGAGAACCUGACCAAGGAGCACUUGAUGUUGGAGGAGGAGCUUCGGAACCUGAGGCUGGAAUACGACGACCUCAGGAGGAGCCGGAGCGAGGCGGAUAGCGAUAGAAAUGCAACCAUCUCUGAACUCAGGAGCCAGCUGCAGAUCAGCAACAACCGGACCCUGGAACUGCAGGGGCUGAUUAAUGAUUUACAGAGAGAGAGGGAAAAUUUGAGACAGGAAAUUGACAAAUUCCAAAAGCAGGCUUUAGAGGCAUCUAAUCGGAUUCAGGAAUCAAAGAACCAGUGCACUCAGGUGGUGCAGGAAAGAGAGAGCCUUCUAGUGAAAAUCAAAGUUCUGGAGCAAGACAAGAGCAGGCUGCAGAGGCUGGAGGAUGAGCUCACUCGCGCAAAAGCAACGCUGGAUGCGGAAAGCAGGGUGAAACAACGCCUCGAGUGUGAGAAACAGCAAAUCCAGAAUGACCUCAAUCAGUGGAAAACCCAGUACUCCCGCAAGGAAGAGACGAUUAGGAAGAUCGAGUCGGAAAGAGAAAAGAGUGAGAGAGAGAAGAACAGCCUUAGGAGUGAGAUCGAAAGACUCCAGGCAGAGAUCAAGAGGAUUGAGGAGCGGUACAGGCGCAAGUUGGAGGACUCCACCAGGGAGACGCAGUCACAGCUGGAAACAGAGCGCUCCCGACUUCAGAGGGAAAUCGACAAACUCAAGCAGCGCCCCUAUGGGUCCCAUCGGGAGACCCAGACAGAAUAUGAGUGGACGGUUGACUCCUCAAAGCUGGUGUUCGAUGGACUGAGGAAGAAGGUAACGGCCAUGCAGCUCUAUGAGUGCCAGCUAAUUGACAAAACAACCUUGGACAAACUGCUGAAGGGGAAAAAGUCCGUGGAAGAAGUUGCUUCUGAAAUCCAGCCUUUCCUUCGGGGUGCAGGGGCUAUCGCUGGAGCAUCUGCUUCCCCUAAGGAAAAGUACUCUCUGGUAGAGGCCAAAAGAAAGAAAUUAAUCACCCCGGAAUCCACAGUCAUGCUCCUGGAAGCCCAGGCAGCUACAGGCGGUAUAAUUGAUCCCCAUAGGAAUGAGAAGCUGACUGUUGACAAUGCGAUCGCUCGGGACCUCAUCGACUUCGAUGACCGUCAACAGAUAUACACAGCAGAGAAAGCUAUCACUGGUUUCGACGAUCCAUUUUCAGGCAAGACCGUAUCUGUUUCAGAAGCCAUCAAGAAAAAUCUGAUUGAUAGAGAAACCGGAAUGCGCCUGCUGGAAGCCCAGAUUGCUUCAGGGGGUGUGGUGGACCCCGUGAAUAGCGUCUUUUUGCCAAAGGACGUAGCCUUGGCCCGUGGGCUGAUUGACAGGGAUUUGUAUCGGUCCUUGAAUGAUCCCCGAGAUAGUCAGAAGAACUUUGUGGAUCCAGUCACCAAAAAGAAGGUCAGUUACAUGCAGCUGAGAGAACGGUGCAGAAUCGAACCACACACUGGUCUGCUCCUGUUGUCAGUGCAGAAGAGAAGUAUGUCCUUCCAAGGAAUCAGACAACAGGUGACCGUCUCUGAGCUGGUGGAUUCCGGUAUAUUGAGACCAUCCACUGUAAAUGAACUGGAAUCAGGUCAGAUUUCUUAUGAUGAGGUUGGCGAGAGAAUUAAAGACUUCCUUCAGGGUUCAAGUUGCAUAGCGGGCAUAUACAAUGAGACCACGAAACAGAAGCUUGGCAUUUAUGAGGCCAUGAAAAUUGGCUUGGUCCGACCUGGUACUGCCCUGGAGUUGCUGGAAGCCCAAGCAGCUACUGGCUUUAUAGUGGAUCCUGUUAGCAACUUGAGGCUACCAGUGGAAGAAGCCUACAAAAGAGGCCUGGUGGGUAUUGAGUUCAAAGAGAAGCUCCUGUCUGCAGAACGAGCUGUCACCGGAUAUAAUGAUCCUGAAACAGGAAACAUCAUCUCUUUGUUCCAAGCCAUGAACAAGGAACUCAUUGAAAAGGGCCAUGGCAUUCGUUUAUUGGAAGCACAGAUUGCAACCGGGGGGAUCAUCGACCCGAAGGAGAGCCAUCGCCUGCCAGUUGACAUGGCGUACAAGAGGGGCUACUUUAAUGAGGAGCUCAGUGAGAUUCUCUCUGAUCCAAGUGACGAUACAAAAGGAUUCUUUGACCCCAACACAGAAGAAAAUCUUACCUAUCUUCAGCUAAAAGAAAGAUGCAUCAAGGAUGAAGAAACAGGGCUCUGUCUUCUGCCCCUGAAAGAAAAGAAGAAAGAGGUGCAGACAUCACAAAAGAAUACCCUCAGGAAGCGCAGAGUGGUCAUCGUUGACCCAGAGACCAACAAGGAGAUGUCUGUUCAGGAGGCCUACAAGAAGGGCCUUAUAGAUUAUGAAACCUUCAGAGAACUGUGUGAGCAGGAGUGCGAGUGGGAAGAAAUAACCAUCACUGGAUCUGACGGCUCCACCAGGGUGGUCCUGGUAGACAGGAAGACAGGCAGUCAGUAUGAUAUUCAAGAGGCUGUUGACAAGGGCCUCAUUGACAGGAAGUUCUUUGAUCAGUACCGAUCUGGCAGCCUCAGUCUCACUCAGUUUGCUGAUAUGAUCUCCUUGAAAAAUGGCGUGGGCAACAGCAGCGGCAUAGGUGGUGGCAUCAGUGAUGAUGUUUUCAGCAACAGCCGACAUGAGUCAGUAAGUAAGAUUUCUACCAUAUCCAGUGUCAGGAACAUAACCAUCAGGAGCAGCUCUCUGUCUGACCCCCUGGAAGAAUCAAGCCCCAUUGCAGCCAUCUUUGACACAGAAAACCUAGAGAAGAUCUCCAUUACAGAGGGAAUAGAGCGGGGCAUUGUCGAUAGCAUCACUGGUCAGAGGCUUCUGGAAGCUCAGGCUUGCACAGGUGGCAUCAUCCACCCAACCAGUGGUCAGAAGCUCUCACUUCAGGAUGCAGUCUCCCAGGGCCUGAUUGACCAAGAUAUGGCCACCAGGCUGAAGCCCGCUCAGAAAGCCUUCAUUGGCUUUGAAGGUGUGAAGGGAAAGAAGAAGAUGUCAGCAGCAGAGGCGGUAAAAGAAAAAUGGCUCCCCUAUGAGGCAGGUCAGCGCUUUCUGGAGUUCCAAUACCUCACUGGAGGCCUUGUUGACCCAGAAGUGCAUGGGAGGAUAAGCACGGAAGAAGCCAUCAGGAAAGGAUUCAUCGACGGCCGAGCAGCUCAGAGGCUGCAAGACACCAGCAGCUAUGCCAAAAUCCUGACCUGCCCCAAAACCAAAUUAAAAAUAUCCUAUAAGGAUGCCAUGAAUCGCUCCAUGGUGGAAGAUAUCACUGGCCUACGCCUUCUGGAGGCCGCCUCUGUUUCUUCCAAGGGCUUGCCUAGCCCUUACAACAUGUCUUCUGCCCCAGGCUCCCGAUCGGGCUCCCGCUCUGGCUCCCGCUCCGGCUCCCGCUCCGGCUCUCGCUCUGGUUCCCGAAGUGGAUCCCGGAGAGGAAGCUUUGAUGCAACAGGCAAUUCUUCCUACUCUUACUCCUACUCCUUUAGCAGUAGCUCUAUUGGGCACUAGUAGUCAGUUAGUUGCUACUUCCUUGGCUUCACUUAUGUGAAUUUUCACUUUACUAAAUACUAACAAAAGAAAACCUAGUGCUUGCAGUAUAGUGAUAGAGUUUCAAUGAUUAAGAAGAUAUAACCUUGGUUGAAAUCAAAGACUGUUCUGGCUUUUUAUCUUCUCAGCUCAUCUAACAUAUCUAAUACACUGGAUGUAGUGUGUCUGAAAUGGUAAUCAGUUGUAAGGAUAGCACAAAUUGAAUCUAGAGUUCGUUCCUUCUGUGUUUAGUUUUUUUGAUCGGUUCUUGUACUUCUUUUGGCCUAUAAUACAGAUUUCUGUUCUUGGAGAUGAAAUUGAGUUGAUCAUUGAUAUUCUAGACAUCAUUCUGUUUCUCAUCUAAAUAUUUCCAUUUUCUGUAUUAGGAGAAAAUUACCCAUCCCAUUCUCCCCAGAAUACUCCACCCCAAACCCAAACAUUUUGGAAUGAGUCUCCUUUAGUUUUAGAUUGUGGAUUGUGUAACCUAUAUACUCUUCAAUGCACCUGUUUGGUUCGGCAUUAAUUUGACUAUAUGUGCGUGAUAGCAGCAAUCUUUGCUUUUCUUUGGUCAACUUUUCUGUUUAUUUUGCUUGUCAUUUACUAUGUACUUUAAAAAGGUGUCUUUAUGAAGUUUGCGAUUCUGGCAAUAAACUUUUAGACUUUUGAA